AUGAAUUCUGAUUAAAAUUUGCUAUAAAAUGAGCAAUUUAGUUAAGUCUUUCAAUUUAAGAAAGAAAAAUUUAGAGUAGAGAUAAGGAAGAAAAAUUUAGCUUAGGAGCUCCAUCAAAGAAGAAUGAAAAUAGGAAGUAUUGAAUAAGUAAAAACUUAGAAAGCUGAUAAAAAGUAAUAUUUUUCUGGAUAUGAAAAUAAAUAUGAAGAGGAAAUAUAAUUGGCAUACUUGGAUUUAGCUGACUAUUUGGAAAAAUUAGACUUUGAUGGAAUUUAUGAUGUCUUAAUUGCUUUUUAUUAAUUUAUUUAAGAUGAUUAAGAAAUGAUAAGUCUCAAAGCUCCAAAAAUUGUUUAGAGCGGAGUUUUAUAGAUAUUUUCAUAUUUGAUAAGUGAUUAAUUUGAUUAAAUGCAAAAUAUUGUAAAUGUUAUUAUGGAAAUAUUUUGCAAUCUAACAACAGGAUCUGCCUCUUAAAAUCUUACUAUAUAUAAUAUCGCUUUAAAAGAUAGACUACUAAAAUUCUUAGACUUCAACCUUAAUCCAAAUAUAAUUGAUAGCGUUUUACAUAUUAUAUCACACUUCUGCUAUGAUGUCACUCCCAUAAAAGAGGAUUUAAUGAGAUAAGGACUAAUCUAAAAAGUAGUUGAAUUAUACAAAAAAAAGAGACUAGGAUUAUAUACUAAAUAAAAUAAAGAAUUUUAUAGCACUUAUACUUGGUGUUUGAGCUCUAUAGCUUCAGAUGAAAAUCUUGAAUUAAAAGAGGUUUUAGAAUUAAACUUAGUAGCAAAUGAACUCUUUCUUGAAAUAAAAGAUCAGAGCUCUGCUAAAAAUUUACUUUGGUAUUACUACCGAAUCACUCAUAAUGCAGGAGAUAAACUAUCAAUUAUAUUAGCAAGCGAUGAGAAAGGAUUAGUACUUCAAAAAAUGAUAGAUUGUCUAAGUCUUUAAAAAGAAUAGAUUUUAGUAUCUCUUUUAGCAUUCUAGCCUCUUUCUAAUUUCUUGUAAGCAAACGAUGAAUAGCUAAUUAUAUAGCUCCUAAAUAAAAAAUUAUUAGAUGGAUUAAAUUAUUUAAUCUAAACUUGCUCAAAAUAAACUAAAACUAUAGAAACCAUUUUUUGGUCUAUUUCUAACAUUGUUUUGUUAAGCAAUGAAGUACUAAAGUAUAUAAUAUCUCAUCCUAUAUUUGAAAAUAUUAUUAAAGCAGCAUAAAUUUACUCUGAUAAAAUUUAAAGUGAGGCAAUAACCUGUCUUUGCCAUGUAUAAUAACUAUGCUCUUACUAACAGAUUAAUUUAUUUUAUCACCUCAAAGUCUAUGACAUCUUAAUAAAUGAGCUACAAGAAAGUAAAGACGAAGAUAUUUUACUAAAAAUAAUAGAUGGUUUAUAUUGUGCUGUUUAAAAAGCUGGUCAAGAGAGUGAUUCAGAAUAAUUGAAAUUUCUUUCCAAGCUAGAAUAGCUCAAUUUAUCUGUAAAACUUGAUAAUUUAUAGAAUUAUCCUAGCUAAAUUGUAUUUGAAAAGGCUAUUGAUUUUAUUGAAACCUUUUAUCCAAAAUCUAAUCUUGACUAAUAAUGA